GAAUCCGCGGAGUCGGUUGGACCUGCUCGGCUCUGAUUGGCUGUUAAUUUUUCCCUUCCUGCUGCAUCAUGUGACCAACACAAGUAGCGGAGCUGAUCCAGAGCCGACAGGCGGACCGCUGCUGGACGUGCAGGAAGCAUGUCUGUUGGGAAGCUGGAAGAGUGCCGGCAGCACAUCCGGGCGCAGCUGGACGCUGUCGUGGAAUUCUGGCUCAAAUAUUCCCACGACACAGUACACGGAGGCUUCUUCACUUGCAUUGGGAGGGAGGGAAAUGUUUAUGAUGAGCUGAAGUAUGUGUGGCUGCAGGGAAGACAGGUGUGGAUGUACUGCCGUCUGUAUCGUAGCAUGGAUCGCUUCCACAGGCCUGACAUCCUGGCAGCAGCAAAGGCCGGGGGAGAAUUCCUCAGAAAGUUUGCACGUGUGUCCACUAAUGGAAAUCAGUGGAAAUGUGCCUUUUGCUUAACAAGAGAUGGCAAAGCUGUCAAAGUUCAGAGGACCAUAUUCAGCGAGUGUUUCUAUAUAAUGGCCAUGGACGAACUGAGCAGGGUCACUGGCGACAAGGAAAUGGAGCUGGAGGCCGAGCAGAUGAUGGAGCAGCUGAUCUACUGGGUCCGGGAGGACGCGUCGGGUCUGGGAAGGCCCCAGCUCCCAGGGGACGAUCCGACUAACAGCAUGGCAGUUCCCAUGAUGCUGCUGUGCCUGGUCCAGCAGCUGUCCGACGGCCGGCCGGAGACUGGGGGAAAGUACGCAGAACUGGGAAGUUGGUGUGUGAGUGAGAUUCAGCAACAUGUCCAGAGAGACGGCACAGCGAUCCUAGAGAACGUGUCUGCGACCGGAGCAGAGCUGCCUGGAUGUCUGGGCCGGCUGCAGAACCCAGGCCACGCCCUGGAAGCCGGCUGGUUCCUGCUGCGGUACGCCGCCGACAACGAUAACAAGGAGAUCCAGAGAACUGCUAUUGAAAAGUUUGUGGAGCUUCCCUUCGAGAGUGGCUGGGACAAAGCCCACGGUGGCCUCUUCUACUUCCUGGACGUGGACGGUCACUGCCCCACUCAGCUGGAGUGGAGCAUGAAGCUGUGGUGGCCUCACAGCGAGGCGCUCGUCGCCUUCCUCAUGGCCUACAGUCAGACCAAGAACCCUGAGCUGCUGGAGAACUUCUUCAGGGUCUAUGAGUACACCUUUAGCCACUUUCCUGACUCCGAGAGCGGCGAGUGGUUUGGCUAUCUGACCCAAGAAGGGAAAGUAGCGUUGGAUUUUAAAGGAGGACCGUUUAAGGGCUUCUUCCACGUACCUCGCUGCCUGUACAUGUGUGAGAGCCUCUUGGAUGAUCUGCUGGGAAAACAUGGCUGAAUAUUCAGACAUCAGUGUUCAGACUCAAGGGGAACUCGUCUGACUUGUAGUCCAGAGUUCUGACUCAAGGCACACACACACACACACACACACACACACACACACACACACACAAAAAAAAAUUUUAUUUGGUUAAUAUACUCAUUUCUGUCUGAAGUCAAAAAGAGCUACAGAAAAAGGAUCUAUACUGUGAAUUUAGGGUAAGAUUCUUUUAGUACUUUGUUGCUCGGCUAAUCUAACUUCCAAACACAUCCAUGAUGGACGGGUAGACAGUAGACAUUUGUUGCUUGUAUCGCUACUGCAGCUGCUCUAUGUUUUUUUUCAAUAGAUUUAAUGCUGUUUUUGAAUGAAAGGAUGACCACUAUCGAAGAGCCUGAGUGAAGACCUCCAUCAUCAAACGCAGCCAAUAAUGCACAAAACGGAACUUUUUGGUUAAAACAUGCCUUGUUCUUUAAACGAUUUUAUCUUUCCGACCUUCUCGUCCCGCGUCUCAGUGGCAGUUUUGGAUUGACAUGUCUUUUACAAUCUGAAAAAUCCGAAAUAAAAUCUCACAUUUCA